GUUUGCGGCAGUGACGUCACGCGUGUCCAACGUCCGCUGCGUCGGUUUCACGAGGAGAAGUUUUCAGCGAAGAUGAAGUCGCUGAUUGAUUAAGUGAUCGGUUUUUCUCCGCGAUGCUGCAGUGGCGGGACAGGAGUCCUCAGCACUGGCACGAGGUCGUUAAUCAUGAGGUUUGUGUAACGAAUCGAGAUCAGCAGCGCUUUGAGGGACGCGUGUUCACGGUGGACCCCGUCUCUGCCAGUGUGGUGCUGGUGAGCGUCCAGGAGAACGAGCGUCCGUCGGUGACGGUGAUUCUGGGUCACGCAGUGACCGAUGUCCAGAUCCUCAGGAGAGGAACGGAGGAAACAGAGCGUCAGAUGAAGAGCGUCUUCCUGCCGGACCGAGCGCAGAUCCUCAGCGCGGAGGAGCUGAAGUCCCGGCGGGAGAGUGUGCGUCUGUGGCUGGAGAAGAACCGAGUCCCGGUGACCGAAGACGGGGAGGUUCUGCGUGUGGCGGGCGCUCUGACCAUCAGCGCCCCGUACAGACCCGGAGACUGCAGCAGCUCCAACGAGAUCAUCCUGGCACGCAUUCAGAGUCUCGUGGAGAGCAACCCCGAGACCAGCCCGUGAGGCUUCAUCCACCUGACGAGCACGGUUCUCAGAACGCUGCUGUUGCCCUGUUUUAGGAUCCAACAUCGCUUCUGUGUUACGAAGUCAAUGAUAUUCAUAAGCUCUCGUCUGAAUAUUUUCAGCUCUUGAUUCAUGUAACAUUCUGAAUCAUUGCAUGUUAUAAUAAAUGUUUCCUGAUGAAUGCAUAAA